GUUUAUUUCCUGAAAUAACAAGCACAAGUUGCUUUUGAUCAAGUGGCUACUCUUUUUUAAUACUAUUUGUGAGUUUUGAUUUUUUUUCUUCACAUUUUUGUGUUUACUUGAAUGAGGAAUUUUUGGAAAGGCCAAAAUGAAAAUGUUUGCUGUAUUUGUCUUAUUCUUCGCUGUUGUUGCUGCAUAUCCAUCUGUUGAGAGCCAACCAGAAAUGCCGCCACCACCUCCAGUAUUACAAGCAGAUGAACAAAAUCAGGCGAAAAAUACUCUUCUCUCCGUCGGAGAUGAACCAAAGGGUGAUAAUUCAGAAACCAAUGCAGAACGUCUGAAGCGAUUUAUUUUCUUCUCGAAAUUCUUCUACCCAUAUCCAAUAUCCUAUUCUGUUGUUGCCGCACCAGUCGCUUAUGCUGCACCAGUCGCUUAUGCAACUCCAGUGGUCACAAAAACCAAAGUCGUUACGACACCAGUUGUAACAAAAACUGUUUCGGCAGUUGCUACCGCUCCACUUGUCUCCGUUCAAGCUCCAGGUGUUUCAGUUGUCGUUUGAAUUCUCAUAUGUUCAGCAAUAAAUACUUAUUAGAUCUAGCAAAAA